UCUCAUAGAACUUUGCCACUUUAGGAUUGGCACUGGGCACCAGUGGUGUUUCCAGGCUCUACCAAAAGCGUUGUGGGGAAGGAUUAAGGCUUCAGCACAUGGUGGAGGAGAGAGACUGGGGGAAAAAAAAGAAAGCAGGGAAGCUGUGGGUAAUACAACAAUGAAAGGGAAAUGAGCUUGAUGGAAGAGUGCUUGAGCUCAGUUAAUCCUGCUGUCAGUUGGUGUUAAGGCAGCGAUCUAAGCGCUGGAUUCCAAGAGGAAGAGACACAAACACACAGCAUCGUAGACAGAAGAGAAGACCCCGAAAAGAAAAAAGAAAAAACGCAAAACAGCUAAGGGGAAAAUUCCAAAAUCUAUGCUUGGACCUGGGCUUCUUUCUCGCCAAUGCAAAAGGGAAUAUGCAGCACAUUUUUGCCUUCUUCUGCACCAGUUUCCUAGGGGCAGUGUUGGGGGUCAAUUUCCCCAGCAACAUCCAGAUAGGGGGAUUAUUUCCUACUCAACAAUCCCAGGAACAUGCGGCUUUUAUGUUUGCAUUGUCUCAGUUCACAGAGCCCCCCAAGCUGUCUCCCCAAAUUGACAUUGUGAACAUUAGUGACAGCUUUGAAAUGACCUACACCUUCUGUUCACAGUUCUCCAAGGGUGUCUAUGCUAUUUUUGGCUUUUAUGAGAGAAGGACUGUCAACAUGCUCACAUCCUUUUGCGGGGCUCUCCACCUCUGUUUUGUAACACCAAGCUUCCCUGUUGACACAUCCAACCAAUUUGUUCUUCAGCUGCGCCCAGAACUGCAGGAUGCCCUCAUCAGUGUUAUAGAGUAUCACAAGUGCCAGAAAUUUAUGUACAUUUAUGAUGCUGACCGGGGUUUGUCAGUCCUUCAAAAAGUGUUGGAUACAGCUGCAGAGAAAAACUGGCAGGUGACAGCUGUCAAUGUAAUGACAACAACAGAAGAAGAUUACAAGUCACUCUUCCAGAACUUGGAGAAGAAGAAGGAGAGAGUAGUGGUGGUAGACUGUGAAGCAGACAGACUGAAUGCUAUCUUGAGCAAGGUCACGAAACUUGGAAAAAAUGGGAUAGGAUAUCACUAUAUUCUAGCAACAAUGGGUUUCAUGGACAUUGAUCUAUCAAAGUUCAAGGAAAGUGGAGCAAAUGUAACAGGGUUCCAGUUAGUAAAUUACACCGACACUAUUCCAGCCAGGAUCAUGCAACAGUGGAAGAACAAUGAUGCAAGGGAACAACCUCGUGUUGACUGGAAGAGGCCAAAGUACACAUCUGCCCUUACAUAUGAUGGAGUCAGGGUAAUGGCGGAAGCUUUCCAGAGUCUCAGGAAACAACGAAUUGACAUCUCCCGUCGAGGCAAUGCUGGAGAUUGUCUUGCAAAUCCUGCUGUUCCUUGGGGACAAGGAAUUGACAUUCAGAGAGCUCUACAACAGGUGCGCUUUGAAGGAUUGACGGGUAAUGUUCAGUUUAAUGAGAAAGGACAUCGGACAAAUUAUACUCUUCAUGUUAUAGAAAUGAAACAUGAUGGGAUCAGAAAGAUUGGUUAUUGGAAUGAAGAUGAAAAAUUUGUCCCAACAGCUGUAGAUCAACAAGGGGCAAAUGAAACCACUAAUCUCCAGAAUAGAACCUACAUAGUUACAACAAUUCUAGAAGCCCCAUAUGUGAUGCAGAAGAAGAGCUAUGAGCAGUUGGAAGGAAAUGACAGGUAUGAAGGAUAUUGCGUAGAGUUGGCUGCUGAGAUCGCAAAACAUGUUGGCUACCAAUACAGGUUGCAAAUUGUUAGCGACGGGAAGUAUGGAGCCCGAGAUCCUGACACUAAAUUAUGGAAUGGCAUGGUCGGGGAGCUAGUAUAUGGAAAAGCUGAUGUAGCUGUUGCACCAUUGACUAUCACCCUUGUGCGAGAGGAAGUUAUAGACUUUUCCAAACCAUUUAUGAGUCUGGGCAUCUCCAUCAUGAUUAAAAAACCUCAAAAGUCCAAGCCAGGAGUCUUUUCCUUUUUGGAUCCAUUAGCUUAUGAGAUUUGGAUGUGCAUUGUUUUUGCCUACAUUGGAGUGAGUGUUGUCCUUUUUCUGGUCAGUCGCUUCAGCCCUUAUGAGUGGCACAAUGAGGAACUUGAAGAAGGGCGUGACCAGCCAGCCAAUGACCAAACAAAUGAAUUUGGGAUAUUUAACAGUCUCUGGUUCUCCUUGGGAGCUUUUAUGCAACAAGGAUGUGAUAUAUCUCCAAGGUCUCUAUCUGGACGCAUUGUUGGUGGAGUCUGGUGGUUUUUCACCUUGAUCAUCAUUUCUUCUUACACAGCCAAUUUAGCUGCAUUCUUGACAGUGGAGAGAAUGGUGUCUCCUAUAGAAAGUGCAGAAGAUUUGGCCAAACAAACAGAGAUUAGUUAUGGGACUCUGGAUGCUGGUUCUACAAAAGAAUUUUUUAGGAGAUCUAAAAUAGCGGUUUUUGAGAAGAUGUGGACGUACAUGAAGUCAGCUGAGCCCUCUGUUUUCGUGCCGACAACAGAAGAGGGGAUGAAACGUGUGAGGAGAUCGAAAGGGAAGUAUGCCUACCUGCUAGAGUCUACCAUGAAUGAGUACAUUGAGCAGAGAAAGCCAUGUGACACCAUGAAGGUGGGAGGUAACUUGGAUUCCAAAGGCUAUGGCAUUGCAACGCCAAAAGGUUCACUAUUGAGAGGUCCCGUAAACCUAGCGGUUUUGAAACUCAGUGAGCAAGGCGUCUUAGACAAGCUGAAAAGCAAAUGGUGGUACGAUAAAGGGGAGUGUGGAAGCAAAGACUCCGGAAGUAAGGACAAAACAAGUGCUUUGAGCCUCAGCAAUGUGGCCGGUGUUUUCUACAUCCUCAUCGGUGGGCUUGGACUAGCCAUGCUGGUUGCCUUAAUCGAGUUUUGUUACAAGUCCAGAAGUGAAUCAAAACGGAUGAAGGGUUUUUGUUUGAUCCCACAGCAAUCUAUCAAUGAAGCCAUACGAACAUCAACCCUUCCUCGAGCAGCCGCGGCGGGAACCAGCAGUGGAGAAAACGGACGGGUGGUGAGCCACGAUUUCCCUAAAUCCAUGCAGGAGAUUCCGUGCAUGGGUCACAGCUCUGGGAUGUCCCUGGGAGCAACGGGAUUAUAAUUGCCCUUGAUGGAUCUUGGGUGAGAGCAGGGUCUCCCUGGCCUGAGCAUCUCCAGUGCCAAAACCAAAUCAAAGCAAACCUUCAAGAAGAGGGACAAUUCGGUGGAUCCUUCAGCAGAAAUCAGAUCUAUUUUCUUUUGUGUGUGUGUAUGCGUGUGUGUUUCUGUUUUACAGUAAAUCCACAGGCAGAAGAAAGUACAACCUGUACUGCAAUAAGGAGAGGGCAACCGAACUGAACAGAAUUUGGAGACAUCCCUGAGUACACGGUUACAGGAACACUGAGGAAGACAGCGCCAUUUUAUUUUUAACUUGGUUGUUAAUAAGUUCUUAGUGUGUGCAAUAUAUAUUUUUCUUACUAAUUCCCGUGAUGUCAGGGUAAUGUCUGCCCUGCUCUGCUCAACAGUUUAAAAUCAGGUUUAGUUGGGGAUGAAAACCAUAAAUGUCUAUGCUACUAACAGUGAAAGGAAAACAAAGCAAAAUUCCUUUGACGCAACAGAACUCUACUGUGUUAAAAUUGUUGCUACAAGGCUAACCAGGCUAUCGAAAGAGUUCUCCAUUCCAUUGUUAAUUGAAGGACUUCAAAGACAGUUGAAAGAGAAGCCUCACAUGGAGAAAGGAAUUGGAAGACUUUUAUGGAAAUGGAGAUCAACAAUUGUAUCUGGACUAAAAAGAGCCCAGAUAAGCAGAACUAAUGCGAUCCUUAUUCCCAACCUCCGAAGUGGUUAUUUGAGUGAAAAGUAUUGCGAGUUUGGGGCAUGCCAGCCCACAAAAUAUGGACUUGGCAAGUUAUCAUGGAAAUGUCAGCAUCCAAUUAAAACAGUGGCCAUCUUUUGCAUAUAGGGAAACCAAAUAAAUGCAAAACAUAUAUUACAUAUCAUCCUCCCAGUCUGCUUCCUUAAAAUUGAAGAGGCAAUUGCCAGCCAUUUCCUCAUUCCUCGAUUUCAGUAAGGUUUCCUUGGCAUUGUGACCUUUGAGUAGACAAUCCUUCCCCUUCCCAGAAAAAUGUCUGCAGAUCGCUCCAUGGGUCUCCAUAAACCAAUAAACAGACUUAAAAACAUUGGGGCUGUUUUGAGAACAUUUUGUUCCGUAAGGCCACAUCUGAUUUAGGUGAAAGAUCUGUGGAUUAUUAGAUUUGUUAUGAAAAAACUCAAGAUUUCACUGAAUGACAUCAACAUUCACCUUCAUUCUGCCUUCCACAUCUGAUAAAAAUUCCUUUCAGCGGAUUCAAGAAUCAAGUUUUUGCCAGUGAUAUGAUUUGCAGAAAAGCCAAACGAAUUUGGUUUUCAUCUCAUUUAUCAUCAUGAGGGGAAGUGGAACACAUAGAACACACCAGCUGGUACCCUGCUUGCUAUUAAAAACUUUGUGAUCCAAAACCCAAGCUUGCAAUGAAACACUGAAAUCCAUAAAGCACAAGAGAGUGGACCUGCUAGCAGUAUUUCCCCAGUCAUGUGUGUGUAAGUGUCUACAUCUAAACAAGAGCUUCAUUUGUAUGUGGGUAUGUGAUACCACAAUAAACAGUGAAAUAUUUGAAUGAAAAACAUUCCCUUGAAGAAAAAAACAAUAGGGAAUGUCUUCUACUCCACCAUGGUCUGGAGGAGGCCUUGCCCUUCCCUGAAACCCUUGUCCUCAUAAUCCACUUGCCCAUGAUUGGAUAGUAACUCCAGACUUUUCAAGGGGCUAAAACUUCCUCCAAGUGACAGAAAUGUGUCGUAUCUGAUUUCUCAGAUCUGUGGGUAACAUAAUGUGUAACAUAGGUGAUUUCAACUUAGAAUGGAGGCAAAAGAUUUGACAAGAAGGCAACACAGGCUACAAAUAGAAAUGGAUCUAUUGUGAGGACCUUCCUCAAGCAACUUUCUUUAUAAAUGGAACUGGCAGCUGGCUCUAAAAUAAUCUGUCGUAUAUGAGUUGCUAUUAUAUAAAAGUGCCAUCAACCAUUGACGAUUGGUCUCUAUGAACUGUUUUACCAUUCAACUCUUUAUUGUUCCAUCAACUUCUUGCACUUGUCUUAAGAUGGCACCUUAAUUAAGACAGGCAAGACAGAAACUACAGAUCCCCUUCAGAGGGCACAGCAUGCCUAGUGGCUCUUUGUUUUCUUUCAGUGCCACCAGAAGCCUUUCUGUCUCAUCUUUCAUCCAGCAAUCAGUCAAGAUGCUAAUUUCAGCCUUCAAUAAUAAUUCUUUGAGUUGUUGUUCUCUGUACUUUAAAACAAAGAUUGUCUGCCUUUGAUUAUUUUUUUAUUUUAGUUUUGUGUAUGUGCUCAUACUGUGUAGGGCUAAAGAAACCAAUCCUGCUUCGGAUGAAGAAAUCUUUUGGGUGUCCAAGAAGAUCUGAUCCUUCUUGCAAUCUCAAGAACUUUCAUAGCUCCCCUCCCUAUUUUCCACUUUAAAAUGCAAUGGGAGCAGGGAACAGGGAUUUCCUUCAGUGCAUAAUAGUAUAAAAUAAGCUACACAAAAACUGUUGCCUUGGUGGCAAAAGAAUCAAAAAGACCUGUCUGAUAAUUCAUGCAGCCAGUUAGAUGGGUUUAGGGAAGGAGCCUUCUGUGAUAAGACAAAUGCCUGUGAUAAUAAGACAUAAAACUCAUCUUUAAAAUGUUUUUGAUGAAUGGAAAGGUGGGAGGAGGAAAAGAAAAAAAUGAUGCAGAGAAAGAGGGGAAAUGUUAACUUGUAAUAUGCAUUUUUACUACACUUUUCUUAAAUAUAGAAUAAGAGUGGGGAAGAACCAUGAAGACAUUGACAUUUUUCUCAACAAGAAUCCAUAUUUAAGAGUUUUGGCUUUCAUUAAAUUUUGCUCUUUGGUACCUGGAUUUUUUUUAUUUAAGAGGGCUGGGUUUUUUUUUCCAUUUACCAUCUUUGGGCUGCUACAAAGGUUAACAGAAUUUUUUCUCUGUCUUUAUUUUUGAGAAAUUGAAUUAUAUUGCCUGGAAUUUUUUCAGUAAUGAGUAGAAGGGGGUGGGGGAAGAGAUGUUACUGGUUAGGCACUAUUUCUAGACCUCUUGCCCAGGAUAGGCAGGUGGACUCCACUGAAUCCAAUCCAUAAAUAUUCCAGAAGACACAGAAUAAUUUCUCAUAUUUCUAGAAAGCUAUUUCAGACUGUACACCCUAGUACAAUAUGAUGAUGCCUGGGUAUAGAAGUUGACGUUCAGGUAAGGGCCCAAUCUAAAUUCAUUUUGGCUUGAGAUCUAUCCUGAAAUUGACUGCAGGGUCAAACAACCAGAUAAAUCAAUGUUUUGCAAUUUCCUGAUAUAUUUAAAGCCCAGCCCAGAUGACCCAGAAACUGGUAGCUGCUGGAUGACUUGUAGGCCAAACAAUAUUUGUUCUUCAGUGUGUCUAGGGUACCAGGACCAGCUGUCUCACUAUAGCAUGGGG